AUGUGUUGUUGCAGACGCGCUUCGAUGAUGUCGCCGCGUCAACUCAUGCGCAACUCCAACAUGACACAAAAGUGGCAGCGCCGGGAGAUAUCCAACUUUGAGUACCUGAUGUUCUUGAACACCAUUGCUGGCCGAACCUACAACGAUUUGAACCAGUACCCCGUGUUCCCCUGGAUCCUGACCAACUAUGAGAGCGAGGAAUUAGAUCUGAGCCAGCCGAGCAAUUACAGAGAUUUGUCUAAGCCCAUCGGAGCUCUGAAUCCAAGUCGUCGGGCUUACUUCGAAGAGCGGUAUAACACCUGGGAACAUGAAUCAACACCUCCCUUCCACUACGGGACCCACUACUCCACCGCUGCCUUCGUACUCAACUGGCUUGUGCGAAUCGAGCCGAUGACGACAAUGUUUUUAGCGCUUCAAGGUGGAAAAUUCGACCAUCCCAACAGGCUGUUUUCCUCCAUAGCCAUGUCGUGGAAAAACUGUCAGCGAGACACCUCCGAUGUCAAGGAACUAAUACCAGAGCUGUUCUUCCUGCCCGAAAUGCUGGUGAAUAGUUCAGGUUAUAAACUCGGCAUCCCUGAAUCACCAUCUGGAGAUGUAAUCCUGCCACCGUGGGCCUCUUCAGCCGAAGAGUUCGUGAGAAUCAAUCGAAUGGCGCUCGAAUCAGAGUUUGUUAGUUGUCAGCUUCAUCAGUGGAUUGAUCUUAUCUUUGGUUAUAAACAGAGAGGUCCGGAAGCGGUCCGCGCAACCAACGUCUUCUACUAUCUAACAUACGAAGGUGGGGUCAGACUCGACCAGAUCACGGAGCCCGUGACUCGGGCGGCUAUCGAGGACCAGAUCCGUAGCUUCGGCCAGACUCCUGCCCAACUGCUGAGCGAGCCGCACCCGCCGAGAGCUUCGACGAUGCACUUAGCUCCGUUGAUGUUCGCCGCGGCGCCGGACGACGUCUGCUUGAGGCUGAAGUUGCCUUCGAACGCGGCCGUCGUUCACGUCUCUGCUAAUACAUAUCCUCAAUUGGCGAUGCCGGCCGUAGUCACGGUGUCAGCGGCGCGCGCCUUCGCGGCGCACCGGUGGGGGGGAGGCGGCUGUGCGCAUGCGCCGCACGCGCCGCACACGCCGCACGCGCCGCGCCACGCGCCCGACCACGCGCACCACCCGCACCAUCCCUUGCUCAUGGACCCUGUCUGGGCGGCCGGUGGCGCCCAAGCGCUAUCCCGACGGCAGUUGGGCGACAACUUCUCGCAGAGAGUGCGCGCGCGCAGCAACUGUUUCGUGACGACGGUCGACUCCAGGUUCCUCAUAGCCGCCGGCUUCUGGGACAACAGCUUCAGAGUUUUCUCCACUGAGACUGCUAAAAUAGUUCAAAUAAUCUUCGGGCACUACGGCGUAGUGACGUGCGUGUGUCGCUCAGAGUGCAACAUCACUUCCGACUGCUACAUCGCGUCCGGCUCGGAGGACUGCACCGUGCUGCUGUGGCACUGGUCAGCUCGCCACGGUGGCAUCGUAGGUGAAGGCGACACUCCAGCUCCCAGGGUUACGCUGACGGGACACGACGCGCCUAUUAACGGCGUGCUGGUCUCGGCCGAACUGGGGCUGGUCAUAUCUUCGUCUGUCAACGGUCCGGUGCUGGUGCACACGACGUUCGGCGAGCUGCUGCGCGCGCUGGCGCCGGGCGCGGGGGCGGGGGCGGGGGGCGCGGGGGGGGCGGCCCCGGCGCAGCUCGCCCUGUCGCGCGAGGGCGUGCUGGUCGUGGCGUACGCGCGCGGACACCUCGCCGCCUUCACGCUCAACGGCCGCCGCCUGCGACACGAGACGCACAACGACAACUUCCAGUGCCUGGCGCUGUCCCGCUGCGGCGAGUACGUGGUGUGCGCGGGGGACGCGGGGGUGGUGGAGGUGUGGCGCGCCUUCACGCUGGCGCCGCUCUACGCCUUCCCGCCCGCCGGCGCGCCCGUCACCUCGCUCGCGCUCUCGCACGACCAGAAAUUCCUGCUAGCGGGUCUCGAAAACGGAUCUCUUGUCGUGUUUCACAUAGACUUCAACAGAUGGCACCACGAGUACCAGCAGAGAUAUUAG